CCAAUGAACCUAUUCGCGACAUGGGAGAUCGACCGUUCGGCGCCGAGCUGCGUACCCAGGCUCUGCAGUCUGCGCCUGAAGAAACUCACAGUGCUGAAAGAGCUGGACAAAGAGCUGAGCUCUGUGCUUAUCGCUGUGAAGAUUCAGGGUUCAAAGCGAGUCCUGAGAUCGAAUGAAUACAUCCUCCCGCCCGGCGGCCUCAUGGAGACUGAGCUGGAGCUGACCUUCUCACUGCAGUACCCACACUUCCUCAAGAGAGAUGGCAACAAACUCCAGAUCAUGCUGCAGCGGAGGAAGAGGUACAAGAACCGCACCAUCCUGGGCUACAAGACCCUCGCAGUGGGCAUCAUUAACAUGGCUGAGGUGAUGCAGCACCCAACGGACGGUGGGCAGCUUCUGGGCCUCCACAGCAACAUGAAGGACGUGAACAUCCGAGUGGCUGAAAUCAGCAUCUACUCUCUGUCCAGUCAGCCCAUCGAUCAUGAGGACGGGAACGUCCCCUCGGGCCCCAAAAUCAAAGCUUCAGACAUUGAUAACUACUCUGAGGAAGAGGACGACAGCUUCUCCUCAGAGCAGGAAGCCAGCGAUGAUGCUGUGCAGGGCCAGGAUCUGUUUGAUGAAGAGGAUGACUUGAGGAAAACCAAGAAGGCUAGGAGGAAAAUGAUCCGAACCACAUCAAUGACCAGACAACCAAACUUCAAGCAGAAAUUUGUGGCUUUGCUGAAGAGGUUUAAAGUGACAGAGGAGGUCCUGGACUCUGACCCAGUAGACCAGACCCAGGAGGUGGAAGAAGACCUGGGCUUGCUCUAUGACAGCCUGGAAGAGUGCAACAACAGUGACAGCGGCCCAGAGAUCGAGGACAACGAGAGUGUGCACAGCACACCAAAGCCCACACUGAGGCGUUUCUUUGAGGGAGUCUCUCAUUCUGGUUCCCAGACUGAGAUCGGCAGUCUGCACAGCCAGAAAGGGCAGGAUCAAGAGUCGGGCAGCCCUGCAGACAAGAGGAAGCCAGGAGCAAUUCGACCACAAGAAGAGCCAGGAGUGGAAGUCCCUGCAGUGGAGCUGCCCGCAGAGGAGCCUUCUUCACGGCUUAACCCCGCAGAGGCUGCCACCAGGGAGGGUAGUGUGGACAGGCUGGCCCAGCUGGGACCUGGCACCAAAGCUGAGCUCCCCAGUGCUGUGUCCCCCAGCAAGUCAGAGAGCAAGCAGCUGUGGCGGCCCCGCAGCACCUCCGUCAAGGACCGGCAGAGCUCGAAGGGACAGGGUGGCCGUGCCAGCAGCCUGGACAGUGAGAGCUCUCCAGACUCAUGGCAGAGCACCCAGGUGCCCCGCAAGUCUGUUUACGACCAGCUGAACCAGAUCCUGGUCUCGGACGAGCAGCUCCCCGAGAGCAUCGUGCUGGUCAAUGUUGCCGAGUGGCAGGGCCAGUACGUGAGUGAGCAGCUCCAGGCGCACAAGCAGUUGGUGGUGUCCACCUGCUCCGUGGCGGACAUCCAGGCUGCCUUCAACACCACUGUCUCCCGCAUCCAGCGAUACUGUAACUGUAACUCCCACAUGCCUCCCCCGGUGAAGGUGGUGGUGGCAGGGGACCAGAGCUACUUGAGCGUUGUCCUCCGUUUCUUCGUGGAGCAGCUCGCCAGCAAGACACCCGACUGGCUCAACUACCUUCGCUUCCUGCUCGUCCCACUGGGCUCCCACCCCCUGGCCAAGUACCUGGCCUCAGUGGAUAACAAGUACAGCACCCUCUUCCUGGACACGGCGUGGCGGGAGCUGUUCAGCAGGGCUGAACCACCUGUCACAGACACUGUGGACAUUGCAGGCCGAGUCGCCCAGUUCAUCGCUGGAGCCAGCCUCUCUCACCAGCUCCCCAUCUCUGAGGCCAUGCUGACCUACAAGCAGAAGAGCCCUGACGAGGACUCCUGCCAGAAGUUUGUUCCCUUUGUGGGGGUGGUGAAGGUGGGCCUGGUGGAACAAUCCUUCAGUGCCUCAGUGGACUCAGACGAUGCCACGGUCUGCACCCCGUCCCUGCUGAGCUCGGCGCCAGUCACCAGCGGUGCCACCCCUUACUGCAAGGAGACUGUGAGCACCCCACCCCCUUCCCCGUCCGUCAGCAGCGGCCUCUCGGGUGUCGGGUCUCUGAGCCCUGGUGUGGAGGUGAUGGGCCUUCAGGUGGACUACUGGACAACACAAGGGCCAGACAGGAAGAAGGAGGGCGAGAAGAGGGAGACUGGUAUCAAGAACACCCUCAAGAGCAACUUCCGCUCGCUCCAGGUCAGCCGCAUCCCUGGCACAGGGGAGCUGGUGUCCCCUAACACCAUGGCCAUGACUGUGGUCACCAAGGAGAAAAACAAGAAAGUGAUGUUUCUGAGCAAGAAACCAAAAGAGAAAGACAUCGAGCCCAAAAGCCAAGUCAUUGAAGGGAUCACACGCCUCAUCUGCACUGCCAAGCACCAGAACACCAUGUUGCGAGUCUCCAUAGAUGGGGUAGAGUGGAACGAUGUGAAGUUUUUCCAGCUGGCAGCGCAGUGGCCAACGCACGUCAAGUACCUCCCUGUGGGCAUCUUUGGCUACUCAAAGAGUGUGUGAGAUACAGUGGCAGCUGCAGAGGGUUGCAGGAGGAGAUGGGGAGAUGGAGAUGGACUCGCUUAUCCCCUCUCUUCUGUGGCCCAGCCCAUGCCUGCUCUGCAGAGGGAGAUCUCACACCCGCACCGCUCCCUGUGGGCCAAGACCCGUGAAGGUGAGGCCAGUGAGACUGGGUCCAUGCACCCUCCAACAUCAGCCAGGGUACCAUGCCAUUUGCCUCCCCUGACCCCCAACAGCAGCCUGG